CUGGGUGACUUAAGUAGCCGUGUACAGUAUCACUAUAACUGUGUUUUAAUAAGUAAGCUGUUUUUUACGCAAACACACCACUCGGCAUCUAACUGGUCUGCCUGGAAGCGUGUUUGUUCACUUUAACCACACGAGGAUGUUCUUAUCUAGCUGCUGCCUAAAGCUGAACUGCGUGGGGAAGCAGAUGGUGCAGGCACGAGAGUAUGUGACUCAGGCAAUAAAUAGGAAGAGUUAUGCAGUAGAGAAGUUUCGGAAGAGAAGUUGCGCACAUGAGAUGUCUCUGCUCAUGGACAUAAAUGUACUUCAGGAGCACUAUGACUCCAUUCGGAAGAGGCAGAGAGAACAGCAUUGCAUUACUUUUAGAUCAGUUAAAAGUAAACCAGCAAGUGGAGCCUUCCUGGACCUGCAAAUCAAGACCGUGACCGUCAAUUGCACAGUAAGGAAACAAAAGGCCUUUGUGGAGCAACUUCCAGUGAAGAGAGUCACACUCGAACUCCCAAAGAAGGAUUAUAUGCAGGACAAUUACACACCCUGGCGCACACACCUGGAUCUUCACCGUGUGGUGCAAGCUCAGGAUUGUAAGUGUCACAAGUUCCAAAGCAAUGGUAAAGUAAAAGAAGCAAAGGAAAACAAUGUAAAUAGUAAGAUUGGUCUUACAGGCGGUAACUUCCCACCAGACCAAAAAGUUUUUCCAGGCUCGCUUGACCAUACAAUACCAAAUGGUGAAGCGACUGCGUACAUGACCUUCAGGCCAGAUGAAUUGGAGAAGUCAAACCAUUCUUUCAACAAGCAUAACCAUUGCGUACCCAAAAUCAACAAGAGAUAUUCGUUGCCGAGCGAGAGGUCACACAUAUUGGCAAGUAAAGAUGGACUGGUUACCAGAGCACCAUCUAGCCUUAGACUGGAUUAUUACCCAUUCCCUCAACUGAAACCUCCCAGGAAAUCUGAUGCCGCCAAGAGCCUCGGUUUAUAUGCUCAGCAUUAAAUCAUUUUCACAAAAGUAGAAUAAAACCCACAGAAACAAAUUGUUCCUGUUUAGACACGUGUUUAG